AUGGUUUUGAUCAUAUCAUUAUCGUUCUGGACUGCUAUGGUCGUGUGUUCGAAUAGGACAACUCAAAUUGUGCUCUUUUAUGGCCAUUUGGUGAUAAGACGACAAAGGUAUUUCACACUCAGAGUGCAACAUGGGAUUGAGCUCGAUGGGAUUAUUGUUGAAUUUUACGCUGUCAAUGUUUCAUCAAAUGAAUUUACCUUUGACAAAUCCGCCACCAAAAAUGGCAUGACUACCCCUAUUGCUAUUGAUGAAAAUGACGUGAAUAAUUGUUUUUCUAACAUUGAAAAUUAUGAGAAACUCACUAAGAAAUAA